CAGAGCAGCGAAUUUUUUCCCCAAUCCCCAACCGAACUUCAACCCUAGCUUCCCAUUUCUCUACCAAAAUCGCCGCCGCAAUUCGCCGGAGUUCGCCCGCGAGUCCUGCGACCUUGCCAAUAGCUUCCCUUCUGCUGUUCUCCAAUUCCGUUCACCCAUAUCCGGAGUUCGAACGGCCGAUUGGGCAUAAUCCAUUGUGGAUUAGUUUUGAAGUCUAUUUCUGCUGGUGCUGCUGCUCGUGUCAUUGGAGCUCUUAUCAAUGGCAGCUAGAAUUAUUGCACAAUUGAUUGUGAUGGGUUCUGGGAUCAUGGCAAGGGCAUUUGUUCAAGCAUACCGCCAAGCACUGGCAAAUGCUUCAAAAACUGGGGCUGCUGAAGAAGUGGCCCAGAAUAUCAGAAAAGCAAGCAAAGCCAUGACAGAAGCCGAGGCCAGGCAAAUCCUUGGCCUCACAGAGAAAUCCACAUGGGAAGAGGUCUUGCAGAAGUACAAUAACCUGUUUGAGAAAAAUGCAAAGAGCGGGAGCUUCUAUCUUCAAUCGAAAGUUCAUCGAGCGAAAGAAUGCCUAGAAUCAGUUUACCGAAGUAAGCCCCCGGGAUCCAAUUAGAUUAUUUUCUUUUGUUUUCUCAUGUGAGGUGAUAUAAGAAGAAGAUUUGUUUGUGUCCCAAGAUCAUUUACGAGUACAUUAUUUCUUGGCAUUCCUUUUUUAGCCACUCAAGUUUGGGUUGUAGAUGUAUCUUGUUAACUUUUACAUGAAGUGAUUGAUGAAAAGCCUGUAUAAAACUAGUUCAAAUAUGCCUUGUUUUCCCCAUG